AUGUGGGGCCACCUGCUGGAAGCUAAAGAUAGUGCUGACUUUUACCAUGAACUCUGUUUUGAACUUUCUUUCCUUUCCAUUCUAGAGCUAAGCCUGUCUGUGCAGUGCCUGCAGCUGGAGCACAAAAGGACAGGUUUCACCUCUCCCAGGAGUCGGAAUCUCUACUUUGACACUCACGCCUUAGUGUGCUUACUGGAAGAAAAAGGGUUUACGACUCAACAAGCAGAAAUCAUUGUGUCUGCACUGGUCAAGAUCAUGGAGGCCAACACGGACAUCAUCUACAAAGACAUGGUCACCAAGGUGCAGCAGGAGAUCACUCUUCAGCAAAUAAUGUCUAAGAUUGCAAACGUGAAAAAGGAUAUGAUUAUUUUGGAGAAGAGUGAAUUUUCAGCCCUCAGAGCAGAAAAUGAGAAAAUAAAGCUUGAACUACAUCAGUUAAAACAACAAGUAAUGGAUGAAGUGAUCAAAGUCCGAACAGAUACCAAGUUAGACUUCAAUCUAGAAAAGAGCAGAGUAAAAGAAUUGUAUUCAUUGAAUGAAAGGAAGCUGCUGGAAUUGAGGACAGAAAUAGUGGAAUUGCAUGCUCAGCAGGAUCGGGCCUUGACACAGACGGACAGGAAGAUUGAAACCGAGGUCUCUGGCCUCAAGACCAUGCUGGAGGCGCAUAAGCUGGACACCAUCAAGUAUCUAGCAGGGUCCAUAUUUACCUGCCUAACAGUAGCCCUGGGAUUUUAUCGCCUGUGGGUAUAAUAUGUCUGUUUAAAGAGAUUUCUAUUGUUUUGCCUUAAGAAUGCUAAAUUGUUCCUUUUUGUCUUGUUCCAAAUUUGAAUCCUGAUUUUGACUUAAUGCCUAUUAUUUAUUUUUAUGAAAAUUGUGGGCACAUAACCAAGACAAUGAGGUCAGAAACUCCUUAAUCACUCCUUCCAUCUCCUGUUUAAUUGACUUUAUAAUGAGUGGUGUGGACUAGACAUGGAAGAUCCUCUCCACUGAACCAGUGAACUUGGCCUAAGCUGUGGUGCAAACCGACAAGAAAUGCGGUAUAAUUCUUUGCAGUUUGAAAUUUUUGUCAUAUCGAGGAUCCGAAGUCUCCAGUGAAAGGACACAGUGACUUUAAGUGCUGAAGAGUCAUUGAAAUUCAAUCCAGAGCAUCAGCUCGUCUUGACCUGGAACCUAGCUGCUCCCGUACCCCACCUACUUCAGCUGCAGUGGGUUGGUUUGUUAAUAACACGGCUGUACUUCUACACCUCAGUGACUACCAUGGUCUUAGUAAGUUCUUACACUUCAUGUAAUGUGCCUUCCAACAAGAAAAUCUUAGGCCUAAUGAAGUCUUAUAAUUGUAAAGGGGAGUUUUUACCUCUUAAAUGCUAUGUUUCCUUUCCUCCCUCCCUCUUCUUUCUCUCCCUUUCCCUCAUGACUUGAGAACUGUACUAAUACUGUACUUGUGCCAUUGCCUACCGAGAAAACUGACUCCUUCACAGCAUGGAGCUCUGCUUGAGUUUAUGGUUCAGAGUCCACUUCCUCUGGCCUUCCUCAGCUUAAGUAAGCGAGACACUCUGCUUUCCUUCUCUAAGGUGUCUAGGUGGGUAUGCCCUUUUUAUAAUGAAACUCACACCAUUAGUGAGUGCGCCUUUGCCCGGGACCAGCUCGGCUGGUCUGCUUUCCAGCUAGGAGAAUAGUCGUGCCCGGUAGCAGCCUCAGCUCCACUGAUGUCUCUGAAGAUGCCCUCAUACCUGCCUUACCUCAGUAAUUAGACAGAUGCCCUCGAUACGCCUGUUCAUUUGCAGAAACACGUUCUCACCUUAUUUGACUGACUGGCUGGUGAGCAAGAUAAGCAGUGAGGAAGCAGUGGCAUCUGUCUUUCCCAGCACGCGCAUACACAGACGCUGGCACAGCGGAGAAAGUUCGCGGAGAGCUCUUGCUCCCAUUGGUAGGGUGAAGUACCUGUUGGCACUGUCCAGCCACACUGGUAAAAAUGAGUCACCUCUCACCCACCUUUUGAGUAUAAUUUCUAAAUUUUAGAAAGUGUUAAGUCAUUGCUUUUGUAGAAAACAUUUGUAAACCAAAGAUUCUAUGCUUUGUACAAUAGAAAUAGCAAGUACUUUUGUAUCAUUGGAAGCAGUUUCAAAGUGAAAUGUCAUAGUUUAAAAUUUUUUAAAUAGAUCAAAAAUUAUCUUAACAACUUAGAAUAUUUUUUGCCAUAUUUUCCCCUUUCAAAGAAGAGGUCCCAGAAAAGACAGCACAUCCAGCCAUCGCCUUUUAUAGUAAGGGGCUCCAUGAGUGGCGUCCUAGUGAGGCCACAUUUUAACUGCUGGAAGUCACACAGCUUUGGUAGGCAUAGCUGGAAGAGGGCUUGGGGAUCAGACACUCUCACAAGUCACGCCUCCAAAGUAAAGGCUCCCAAGAGGAGAAAGUACCGUGUACAAUUAUGCUUCAAAGUAAACAGUAACAUCAUGCAUGGUAAAACAAAGUGAAGUGUCCUUAUAGUCUGAUCAGAUAUUUUUAAAAUAAAAUAUGGUGGGUGAUAUUCUUACCUCUGCUAAAAGUAUCCCCACGUGUCAUCUCUGAUGGUGACAGUUGGCCGUGUCAUCCUGUCACUUAACUUGGGCCUUUGGUUUGGCUGCAUGAUUCUUUGCAGUAUAGCACAACCUACUUUGGCCUUGAGAACAGUGCGCUGUGCUUUUGAGUGUGUGGAUGGUGUGCACAUUGGGAGCUAGGAGGGCUUGGAAUCGAGUUUCCUUGUUUAGUCCCAAGGGUUAUGUUUGAAAAGGGUUGAGCUGAAAGUACAAACGUACCUUUCCCACCGCUGCCUCGCUACCUGCACACAUUGUCGGUCCCCCAUGUGCUGCCCUGGCGGGGGGAAUUCAGAUCACCUCAGGAGCUCAAAAGUGUGCAGUGGGAAGAGGCUGGCAGAAGCUGCGGUCCACAGGCUGUGUCUGGGCACAGGGACUGCAACCAGGCCUGGUCCUGAGCAUGUGCCCAUCGCACCUGGGUGGGAGCGCUGUCCAGAGCACAGCACGGAAUCCAGAGCCUUGGCACCUCCUUUUCAUGUGCUGAUCCUCUCCAUCUUUGCCAGGUUCCUCUGCUUGCUUGUUUUCCUCUCUCGCCUCCCCUGCCACUUAUGUUU